CUACUGGCUUCUAUUCUUAUAAUUCCGCACCAACGCAACCGCGGGAGCUCCCUCUUUGCAGAUCAAGCGUGCUCACCACCUCGAACCACUCCCCCCCAACGCCGUCAUGUCUGACUACUACCAACAGGCCCGCCCUUCCCACCGCUCCGAGCUGCCCAUGUUCCGGCCCACUAAGCCAGAGGACUGGGAGCCGUACCGGGACCUCAUCGCCCAUCUCUACAACGAGAUGAAGCUCAAGGACGUCAUGACGGAGAUGCAAGUGGUCCAUCGCUUCAAAGCAACUGAGAAGCAGUACAAGACCCAACUCAAAAAAUGGAAUCUCGACACCAAGUAUAUCAAGGCAUCCGAGUACAUGGCCAUGAUCAAGACGAAACGACUGAGGGAGGCCGAGAACCCCCCCAAGCAGACACGCUUCAUCCUGCGAGGGCGAACCGUGGACCCAAAGGACAUAACCCGGUUUGAGAAGAGAGCGCUGAAGAAAGGCAUGAUAAAGCCCGAAGACCAGAUGUAUGAACAGGAACUUGUCGAGGACUUGCUAUAUGACACACCAUCCCCGGAACCGUCUUAUUCAUACGCCGAAGCCUCUCAAUAUUCAUAUUGAAGCAAGUCGGUCGACGACAGGCCUGAAAAUGGCUUCUGCACAAAUAUCACGACUGUGUGCUCCGGGUAUAAUGUCGAGGGCUGUGUGAUGGAAGGGGAACUCGGAAACCAGCAGAUAAGGGCUUAGGAGCCGCAUGAACCGAUGACUCCAUGGUGUGUGUGUAUAAUAUUCAAUUCUUCGAAUCUCUUCCCAAGAGUCCAGGGGGAAUGCGACUAGAAGGCGGCGACGACGGAACGAACUCGGGACAAGAACAGGAAACACGGCAGCAUAAACUCGGGGGCAUAUUGAGGGCGCUGGGUCUCGGAUACAACCAUACAUGAUAGGCGUUACAAUCUCAUUAAACUUGGCUUCUUAGUUUGGAUGGUUUACCCUCGGUU